UCGCGGCUCAGAAAGGGACGCCGUGCUCUUUCAGUAGCCACUGGACCGGGCCCACCUCACCUCCGGCCUCCGGGCCGCCACCUCAGCCGUCGCCGGGGCCCGCGAAAUCUCCUCGACGGCUCUCCUUCUCCUUCACCUGCCCCAUCCUUUCCUCUCGCAUCCACCGCCGCCGCCUCCUCCUCCAUUGCCACCGCCACCGCCACCUCUCGCCGCACAAAACCCUAGCCCCAGCCGCCGUCUCUCCCUCGGCGAGCCAUGGCCAGCUUCGGCGUCGACACCCGCCCGGCCGCCGCGGCGGCCGGGGGCGGCGUGGCGGCAGGGGAGGGCGCGCUGUCCCUCCUCUCCCGCGGCCUGCGGGAGGACCUCCGCCUCAUCCGCGCGCGGGCCGGGGAGCUCGAGACCUUCAUCAACGCGGCGGUCCCGGAGCCCGAGCUCUUCGCGCGCCUCCGCCGCGCGUACACCUCCUCCGCCUCAUCGGCGCGGACGCGGCUGGACCUGUCCGCGAUUGGCAAGGCGUUCGAGGCCGAGUCAUGGAGGGGCACGAGGACGGCCAAGUGGAGGUGGGAGGUGGAGACCGAGGAGUGGGAACCCGUGCGGAUGGUCAAGGCGCGGCUCAGGGAGCUCGAGCGGAGGAGGCAGGGACAGUCAGCCAGGGACGUGCUCCAGAAGGUCAAGCUGAGCUUGAAAUCGAUGAGCUUUGUGCCUGAAGUAUCCGAGGAAGUUCCACCACUGGAUUUAGGAGAACUUUUUGCUUAUUUUCUAAAGCAAUCCGGACCAUUGUUAGACCAACUUGGUAUGAAAAGAGAUGUGUGCGACAAGUUGGUGGAGUCCCUAUGCAGCAAGCGCAAGGAUAACCAUGCAUAUACUUUUCCGUCAACAAGUGAAUCGUCUUCAUUCAGAAAUGACAAUGUUGGGGAUGAACUCGACCUAAGAAUAGCUAGUGUCCUACAAAGUACAGGACACCAUUAUGAUGGUGGAUUUUGGAAUGAUGGGCAAAAGUGUGACAUAGCUGACAAGAGACAUGUUGCCAUAGUCACUACUGCCAGUCUUCCCUGGAUGACUGGAACGGCUGUGAAUCCUUUGUUUCGGGCUGCAUACUUGGCUAAAUCUUCCAAGCAAGAUGUAACCUUGGUAGUGCCCUGGCUUUGCAAGUCAGAUCAAGAACUUGUCUAUCCUAAUAGCAUGACUUUUAAUUCGCCACAAGAGCAAGAAAAUUAUAUGAGGAAUUGGCUGGAGGAAAGAGUUGGUUUCAAGACGGACUUCAAAAUAUCGUUUUACCCUGGAAAGUUUCAGAAAGAAAGGAGAAGUAUAAUUCCUGCCGGGGACACUUCACAAUUUAUACCAUCAAAAGAAGCUGACAUUGCAAUCUUGGAAGAGCCCGAGCACCUCAACUGGUACCAUCAUGGGAAACGUUGGACAGAUAAAUUUAAUCAUGUUGUUGGUGUUGUACAUACAAAUUAUUUAGAGUACAUCAAGAGGGAGAAGAAUGGUGCUAUUCAAGCAUUUUUCGUUAAGCAUAUCAACAAUCUGGUUGCCAGAGCUUAUUGCAAUAAGAUUUUGCGACUGUCAGGUGCCACUCAAGAUCUGCCAAAGUCAAUGAUCUGCAACGUGCAUGGUGUUAAUCCCAAGUUUCUGGAGGUCGGAGAGAGAAUGGCAUUGGAGAGGGAGUCUGGCCAGCAAUCCUUCUCAAAAGGAGCUUAUUUUUUGGGGAAGAUGGUCUGGGCCAAGGGUUACAGAGAAUUGAUAGAUUUGUUUGCAAAGCACAAGAGUGAUUUGGAAGGUUUCAAGUUGGACAUCUAUGGAAAUGGUGAAGAUUCACACGAAGUGCAAUUGGCUGCCAAGAAGUUGGACCUGAACCUUAACUUUCAUAAAGGCCGGGACCAUGCAGAUGAUUCUCUUCAUGGGUACAAGGUUUUCAUAAAUCCAAGCAUUAGUGAUGUCCUCUGCACAGCAACCACCGAGGCGCUAGCGAUGGGCAAGUUCGUCGUCUGCGCAGACCACCCAUCCAACGACUUUUUCAGGUCAUUCCCAAACUGCCUGACAUACAAGACCUCGGAGGACUUCGUCGCCAAAGUGAAGGAAGCGAUGACCCGUGAUCCACAACCCCUCACCCCCGAGCAAAGAUACAACCUAUCAUGGGAGGCCGCAACCCAUAGAUUCAUGGAGCACUCCGAGCUGGACAAGGUCCUGAACAACAACAACAACAACAACAACAACAACAACAACAACAACAACAGCAACUGCACCAGCACCGCUGAAUGCACCAAAAGCACAGACAGAAAGAUGAGGAGAUCAGCGUCCGUGCCGAACAUGUCAGACAUCGUUGACGGCAGUCUGGCGUUCGCCCACUACUGCCUCACGGGCAACGAGCUUUUCAGACUGUCGACCGGAGCCAUUCCGGGAACCCUCAAUUACAACAAGCAGCAUAGUUUGGACCUCCGCCUCCUGCAUCCCCAGGUACAGAACCCCAUAUAUGGCUGGUAAAGUAUACUACCACUGUCGAUUAGUACAUAGAUAGAUAUAGCCUUGCAGUUUGUAACACUAGUCGUUUCCUUGUGUUUUUUUCUCCCUGAUGCCAAAGGCAAGCCUUGUCCAUUAUUACAAACCACUCUACUUGUAGUGAAAUUAGAAUAUAUUUUUUUAGAAAAAAAAGGCCCUCCUUUUGAACUUU